AUGCAUCACACGUUUUACACCAAGGAUCUCGUGGUUGAGGAGACCUCAUCGUCACCGACUUCGUCCCCGCAACUCUCGUUAGGCCCGAGCCCUUGCGACAGUACCUCUAGCAGCCCGCUCGGUGUAGAUCUCUACAGCCCGCACCAUCUUAGUGUCAACGCUAGCGUUCGCGUCUCCCCGCCGCUGGGACCCGGGUCUGGGCAACCCAUCUUCUCGCUCCCGCUCCCGCUGUCGCGCGCUCGUGUGGGUUCGUCGUCGUCGCUCCGGCUGCCGGACCAACCGUCCGCCAAGCACCGCGCUUUCGCUUCCGCACGCAGCCAGCCGAAGCGCAAGCGCAGCAUCUCCGACUCGUUGGUGUCCACGGGCAGCAAGAAGCUCGAAGAAGACGAAGAUGAGAUUGACGUCGACGAAAUGUACAUAGAGGAGGAGCAACACUAUGACUACGGCGUCGAGACGCGUUCUGACACUCGUCCGGACAACACCCAACCGCGUGCCGAGGAGGACGACGACGAGUCCGACGGGUUCGUGGAGAGCGGCGAGGAGGGCGACGAAGGCCAGCCCGACCUCGACACUGGCUCCUUGCCUCGCGUGGCCCGCCUGCAAGGCCACGAGUCCGGCCCUCCCUCGCCACCGGCCAACUAUUACCAGCAUGGCAUGAACGAGAACCCGGACGGGACGGCGUACUACCACUGCAAGUUUUGCCAGCACACUUGGCCCCAGAGCCACUUCCGCAACGCGCAGCAGUUCGGUGCCCAUUGUUCCAACUGCUCGCGCAAGCGCAAGGUCAAGGAUCCUCAGGACAUGACCACCACUACGCGCGAACGGAACAAGCGUCUGAGGCAAAAGGGAAAGCGCUCUCGCUCCAACUCCGCGUCGAAGGCCUCGUUCGACGAGACCCGUCACAAGCUCAUCGAUAGCGACGACUCGACUCCCGAGCCCUUGCAGGAGACCCGCAGGCACGCCGUGGACAGCGCCAAGAGGUUCAGAGCGCGCAUGGCAGGCGCAAGGCCUCUGCCCGCCCGUCCACUGCCGCCGCUUCUCGUCAGGCGGCCCUCGGCGUCGUAUGCCACGGCUGACGCCGGCAUGGGAGGCAUGGAGCGGCUCUUCGGCGCCAUGCAGAAGCGGGAGACCACCGCCACCGAUGAUGCGGCGCAGGCGAAGAAGUCCAUCUUCGCCUUGCUGGCCUGCGUUAAGACCGAGCUCGCCAGCCUCAGGGAGCAGGAGGACAGCGAGGAGAUCGAGAUGGCCGGCCGCGAGAUGAUCCAGGACACGCGCACCGAGUGGGAGGCUCGCAUUCAGGAGCUCCGCGUCGAUGCCGCCUCGGACCUGCGAGCGCACUCGGCCGCCCUGCCGCGUCGUCUCGAGCGCUUGGGUUCCCUCCACCCGCACCACCACGACCACGACCAUCAUCGCCGCCAGCAGCUGGCCGUCGCUCCCGGGGGCGCUCGCAACUCGCUCGACUUCAUCCUCAACGGCACCGCCGAGGCGGACCCUCUGCCCGAGACCCCUGCGCCGGCCUGGGCCUUUGCUCCUCCUCAGCCCGUCAGCGGCCGCGGCACUGCUGCGGCGCAGUCAGCAGUUCCCGCCACGCCCCCGCCCUCUCCUUCCACCCGCCACCAGCAGAGGAGAGCCGAAGUUUUGAACGCCGCGUUGACCUCGCCGUAA